AUGCAAGAAGUGAUGAAUCGCGGUCAGCUCCUUUCUGAUGAUAUUAUCUUCGAUCUUCUAUCAAAACGGCUAGAGCAGGGUGUUGUCACGGGCGAAGGUGGUUUCAUUCUGGACGGAUUUCCUCGCACAGCCGUACAAGCAGAGGUAUUGGAGUCCAUGACACAGAUUGACCUGGCUGUGAACCUGACCCUUCGGGAGGAAGUCCUGGUUCAGAAGAUGCUGGGGCGUAGAUUAUGUUCAGACUGUGGCGGUAAUUACAAUGUUGCUAACAUUGACAUUCCCGCACAAGAUGGAAAGCCAGCCAUUUUCAUGCCUCCACUGCCAGCACCAGCUGGUUGUGAAGGCAAGCUUGUCCAAAGGGCGGAUGACACAGAGGAAACAGUUCUGGCUCGUCUGAAGGUUUAUGAAGAACUGAGCAAACCUGUGGAGGACUUCUACAAUGAAAGAGGCCGCUUGAUGGAAUUCGAAAUUACGGUUCAGUUCCCUCCUUUUCUUCCCAGGAGUCUGGACGCCUCGGAUCUGGGAUUCUGGAACUUGGAACCAAGAAGGUUGGCGGAGGAAAACUUGAAGCAGCUUCAGGAUUCCAACUUUCCGGCAUACCUAGUUUCCUUGUCCCUGGAGCUUGCGAAUCCGGAAAAGCAGACAGAUUCUCGGCGGCUUGCUGGUCUCAUUCUGAAGAACUCUCUCGACGCGAAGGAGUCUACUAGGAAGACCGAGUUUAUUCAACGUUGGAUUGCUCUAGAUGCUGCUAUCAAGGGACAGAUCAAGGCCGCUCUUCUCGCAACCCUUGGAUCACCAGUCCAAGAUGCUCGCCAUACAUCGGCUCAGGUUAUUGCUAAGAUCGCUGCCAUUGAGCUUCCACGGAAUGAGUGGCCUGAACUCGUCGUAGGCUUGCUCGGUAACAUGGGAUCGCCAACCCAACCGCAGCCAGAUCACCUGAAAGAGAGCACUCUUGAAGCUCUGGGAUUCGUUUGUGAGGAGAUCGCCGGGACUGACUCUCUGGCUCAAGAGCAGGUCAACAGUGUGUUGACUGCUGUUGUGCAAGGGAUGAACAAGACGGAGCCGAACAACGAUAUCAGGCUGGCUGCUACAAGAGCACUCUCCAACGCUCUUGAAUUCGCGCAAACCAACUUCGAAAACGAGGUGGAGCGGAACUACAUUAUGACGGUCAUCUGUGAAGCGUCGCUGUGUCCUGACGUGAGGGUUCGGCAAGCUGCAUUUGAGUGCCUGGUGGCCAUCUCGUCGACCUACUACUCGAAGCUCGCGCCGUACAUGAACGACAUUUUCCAGAUCACGGCCAAGGCGACGAGAGAAGACCAGGAACCCGUUGCGCUUCAAGCCGUGGAGUUAUGGUCGUCGAUCUGUGACGAGGAGAUCGAGCUACAGGAAGAGUACACGGCGGACUCUGAGGUCACGAAUUUCAAUUUUAUUAAGCAGGCUCUUCCGGCGCUCGUUCCUAUGCUGCUGGAGACCCUGACGAAACAAGAGGAGGGUCAGGAUUCGGAUGAAACGGCUUGGAAUCUGGCCAUGGCUGGAGGUACCUGCUUGGGUCUGGUCGCCAGAACGGUCGGGAAUGAUAUCGUUCCGCUAGUCAUGCCGUACGUCCAGGAGAACAUCAGCAAGCCGGAAUGGAGAAACAGGGAAGCUGCGACGUACGCGUUUGGAUCUAUCCUCGAGGGUCCUGAUACGGAGCAGCUGGUACCUCUGGUGAACAGCGCGCUGGGAUUCAUGCUGAAUGCGAUGAAGGACGAGAAUGCGCAUGUGAAAGACACAACAGCAUGGACUCUCGGCCGGAUCUUUGAGAUCGUGCACGGAUCUUCACCAGAGAACCCGAUUAUUAAUGCGACGAAUCUCCCAGCCAUCCUGGCUGUCCUGAUCGAGAGCCUCAAGGACGUUCCGAAUGUGGCCGAGAAGGUGUGCGGAGCGAUCUACUUCCUCGCGCAAGGGUCGGAAGGCAGCGAGGGAGCGCUGUCCAUGACUCCGUAUUUCCAGCCGCUCAUCACGGCGCUGCUGGCUACGGCCGACAGGGAGGACGCGUCGGACUCGCGGCUGAGAUCGUCGGCGUACGAGACGCUGAACGAGAUCGUGCGGUGCUCCGGGGAUGACACGGCGGCGACGACGGCGCAGCUGACGCCGGUGAUCAUGGAGAAGCUGGCGCGGACCAUGGACAUGCAGAUUAUCUCCACGGACGACCGCGAGAAGCAGAGCGAGCUCCAAGCGCUGCUGUGCGGCGUGCUCCAGGUGAUCAUUCAGAAGCUGGGAGGUAACGACACGACCAAGACGGGAGUGACACAGUACGCCGAUCAGAUGAUGGCUCUCUUCCUCAGAGUCUUCGCCUGCCGCAAUGCCACGGUGCACGAAGAGGCCAUGCUCGCCAUUGGAGCCCUUGCGUACUCCACAGGCCCCGACUUUGGCAAGUACAUGCCCGAGUUCUACCGCUACCUGGAGAUGGGUCUGCAGAACUUCGAGGAGUACCAGGUGUGCGCAGUAACUGUAGGCGUGGUGGGCGACAUCUGCAGAGCGCUGGACGAAGCCGUGUUACCCUACUGCGACGGCAUAAUGACGCAGCUGCUCAAAGACCUCUCCUCGGACCAGCUCCACCGCAGCGUGAAGCCGCCUAUCUUCUCCUGCUUUGGGGACAUUGCGCUGGCUAUUGGGGAACACUUUGCUAAGUAUCUUGCUUACGCGAUGCCGAUGCUGCAGAGCGCGGCGGAGCUGUCGGCGCAGCAGGGGAUGAAUGACGUGUGGGACGAGGUGGUGGAGUACAACAACCAGCUGCGCGCGGGGAUCUUUGAGGCGUACUCAGGGAUUUUCCAGGGGUUCAAGGCGACGAAGCCGGAGCUCAUGGCGCCGUACGCGGAGCACAUCCUGCUGUUCAUCGAGAAUGUGUACCUGGACAAGCAAAGGGAUGAGAUUGUGACCAAGGCUGCGGUUGGUGUUUUGGGAGAUUUGGCUGACACUCUCGGAGUCGCUGCUGCUCAGCUUUUUGCCACCCACCGCUUCCACCGGGAGUUCAUUGAGGAGUGCUUGAACUCAGACGAAUCCAUUAAGGAAACAGCAGAAUGGGCGCAGAGCAGGAUUGCAGCCAUCACAGCCGCUUCGAGUUGA